AUGGCUUCAAUCCGCCUGAGUACACGCUCAGCAUAUCGUGCCUCGCGUGCAUUCUCUACAAAACCAUCCUACCGUCAAUCAAGUCCAACAACACCACACAUCGCAUACACGCAAUCAUGUCCAUCGCCGACAUGCGCAUGCGAACCCACCCCAGCGCUCCCUGAAGACCUCCCCCUCGACACCAAAACACCCCUCCUCCACACAAUGGCGAUGUACUCCUCACAAGUCGUGCUCUGCACCGGCCAACCAGACUGGUCGUCCCGGAUAGAAGAUGAGAAGACGCCGUCUGGAGACUUCAUACGCGGAAUGAAAGGCCUGAUAGGAAGAGGAGGACCAGCAUUCGACCCAUUCAAUAACGUCUCCAUAACCGCGUCCUCCCUCCCACCAACCACCCACCAACCCCCAAACACCACAACCGCCCUCCUCUUCCCACACUUCAAACGCAUCCCCUCAAUCCCACACGACAGCCCCUCCCUCUCCACCUUCGCAACCGCAUACCUGAAAGCACAAACCCUCCACCCCGCCCACGCCUCUCUCUCCGCCGACCAGAAGGCAAACCUCAUACGCAACCCCACCCUCGCCGAUGCCCUCCCCGCAGCACCGCAUGACAUCACAACGCCGACGGUGCUGAUCUGCGGGCACGGAGGCCGCGACGCGAGGUGUGGGAUCCUGGGUCCCGUGCUCCAAACGCAUUUUGAGAGGGAGUUUGAGCGGCGGGGGAUUGAGGGGGAGGUUGCGGUUAUAAGUCACAUCGGGGGGCAUAAGUAUGCCGGGAACGUUAUCAUUUACCUCCCUCCGGGCUGGGAAGGCGGGGGCAAGUGGGAGGGGGGUGAUGCGUUGAAGGGGGCGGGCGUGUGGUAUGGACGUGUUUUCCCAGAGAAUGUGGAAGGGAUUGUGGAGGAGACGGUUGUGAAGGGUAGGGUGGUGGUGGAGCACUUGAGGGGUGGGGUUUUGAGGGAUGGGGGCGGGUUGGCGAGGGUGCUUGAGGCGCAGAUUGCGAAGGAGAAGGGGGAGGAUGGCGCGUUGAAGUUGAAGCCGAGGGCUAGGGGUAGGAAGUGA